AUUCAUUGAAUUUAUUAGAAUAUAAUUAACCAAAAUUUUGUUUUCUUGGAAUUUUCUUAAAAUUAAGAAUUUAUUUGUGUAUUCGAAUAUUCCUUUAUGACUUUAUCAGAAAAGCUUAUACAAAAUGAAGUUCCAGAUUUCCUUGGGGAGGAACUUGUAUUUUGUGAUAAAUUAUGGGUCAACCGAAAGCGAAGCUUGGUAGUUCUGGCGCGCAAUUUGAAAUGUUACCAAUUUUACCAGAAACAACUUGUCAGCAGUAUAGAUUUGUCGGAAACUUGUUUAAAAAAUGUUGCUGCAAACUUGUGUGACUACAAAGGUCCAAAAAGUAAAUGGUUUAAAUUUCGGAACGAAGACUCACAUAGUAGCAUAAUGGAGUUAAAGUCUUUAUCGGAAACCUCAGAACCGCAGACCUCAAUAUAUGGCGAGGAGCACAUUACAACUGAUCUUAAAAUAUCAUUUGGAAAGUUUGUUUAUAGAAAUUUUGAAAUUUGUAAAUUAUAUUUGUUAAUACAUCUUUGGGAUAAAUUGUUGGCUAUUGCCUUGCCCGACUUCGUUUUUGUCAUGCAGUUCGAAAGUGUUCAUAAACAUCGUAUCAUACAUGGUAAAGAAAAAUUCGAUGCUAUAUUAGAAGUAAAAUUUGAAAAUGGAGACAUGAUAUACACAAAUUUUCAAGAAAAUGAAAAUAUGAAUCGCUGUUCUCUUAGCAACGGCAGUAACGAUAGAAGAAAUAUAAAGCAGCUGAUGGAGCAAGUGAGAUGUGCCAAAGCGGAACUACAGUUGUAUAAAUCAACUACACAAAAAGAAUUUGACACUUUGCGUGAUUUCCAAAGAUUUGGUUGUAACUAUAUUCGUAGCGAUCAGUUAGAAGAAAAGCCGUUUAUUGCCAGAUGUGGUGACAUUUGGUUAAGAUAUGUUUCGAACAAUAUAAUGGUUCUUGGUGUACCACUGGUCAACAAUUGCUCCGUAAAUAGCCUAAUAAUAACCAAAAACCUCAAACCAAUUUUUAAGAUGAAGGAUACUUAUGUGGACAAUAUUAUAUAUAAAUAUCGCAUAUACCAACUGAAACAAAAGUUUGAAAAUUUAGAAACUUUGGAAACUUUUUUUCAAACCGAAGAUGAGGAAUUACACACAACACCAACAAUUUGGUCGAAAUGUGAGUUGAAUCGAGUCCUGCCUUCAUCCUUUGCUGUACUUUUGAUUGCCAUACAAACUUCCCAAUUACUUUUAGUAGAGGAGUGUCCUUUACUAUUAUAUUUUGAAGUGAAAAAGGAACAUUCACAUAAAAUGAAUCAACAGGUAAAAACAAGAAUUUAUGAACAACAUCUCUUUUUGAAGAAUUUAAAUAUUAACAACAUAAUUAUGAACCGACAAAAGUAUAAUCUUUCAUUUGAGACUUCAACUUUUCAUCAGGACUUUUUGGCUACAGCAAUGAUUAACAAAGAGUCCUCACUACAUAUCCAAUUCGAAUCAAAGAAAGAUGUAUUUUUAUUUGAGCAUUUAAUGGCUAAGAAGUUCAACUUCGAUAUUAUCAAAAGAAAUACAAUUUUUAAUGAAUGUGUACAAAAUGAUGUUAAUAACCAUGAGUUUGUAGGAGAUAAAGAUUUACAUAACAAAAAAAACUAUAUUUCGUGUGUAUAUUUCAAUAAGCUUUGCACGUCAUUGUGGUUUGGAUCGAUGGCUUUAGAAAUAUCACAAACAGAUGAAAGUGAAGAUCAUAAUAAAACGUGGAAACUUUAUUUACAUAAUAACGAAAAUGCUUUUAAUUGUAUAUGCAUAUUACUAAAUGAGCUUACUAUGCUUAAUUGCAACAUAAAGAAUAUAGAGUAUUUUAUUCAAAAGAAGGGAACAAGUGAUGAAACUUUUCUUAAUAUUAAAAAUGAAAUUGUCAAUGAAUUGGAUGUAUUAAAGCAAAUAAAUGAAUGUCUCGAUGGUGGCAAAAAGAAAAUAAUUUUCGGCGAAUUAUUAAAAAAGCAAGUACGUUCAGAUUUUUUAAUGAGUGCUUGAGGCAGUUCCAUACAAAAUUUUUACAAAUAAAGAGAAUAAAAGAGCUGAACUAAUGUUUAUUACGACACAUGAAUCCUAAGCACUGUACACUUUCGAUGUUUAUAAAACUAAAUAAUGAUAUUAACAUAAUUGCAUAUAAGUUCAUAGAGUUUUAAUUUAUAAUAAACAAAAUAAAAUGUAAUUCAUCCUUA